UAGACUUUAACUGGAGACUACUGCGUCAACUCCGUAUCGACUCCACUCACUUUUUCUUCUUUCAAUCUUUCCCUUUGCCCAUCAAUUGCAGGUACUCGUGAGAUCUCUCUCCUUGACAGAUUGCUGAUCUUACCUUCGGACAACAUCCAAAUGGUGAAAUAGGAAGGAGAUUCCGAGCUCUUCAAACAGAAAAAACUGUGAAAAGGGAAGACAGAAGUUCUUCGGGAGUGGUCGUCCGGUUGAGUUUGGAGUUUUUCACAGCAGUUUCUGGUUUUUUAAAGUGUGGGAGCUGAAAUGAGAUCAUAUCCUAACGCCCUGUUGCACCAAGUCGAACACCAAACCACUAAGAUGGAGUUUUCUAUUCUAUCUCUGGUGAUUUUAUCUUUUAUGAUUUUCGCUGCCACAACCAAAGAAGGAAGAGGAUCGCCAACCAGAAAGAAGGCAGAUGAAGAAAUCAAAGGCAAAGCUACUGCAACAGAGGAAACAGAUCAAUUCAUCAUGCAUUAUCCACAAUCAUUGCAGAAUGUAGAGAUCCAAUAUGUUAAUCCACAGAGUGACACACGAAUGAUUAUUGUGAACAAUCCCUCAGGCCGCGCUACCAAUAAUCAACCAACAGAGGCCAUGAUUAUAGCUGGUGAACAAAUUGAAAUGAAUGAUGCACAGGAGACUGGCGAUCAACUUCCUCAAGCUUCUAAAGAUAAACAUCUGGAAGAGGGCAACAGAAAUCAUAUGCUAGAGAUCCCUAUUUUCUUACGUGAUGAACAGGAAAUUAGUCUUGGAAUUGGGACACAAUUAGUGCAUGGACUCCCACCACAAACCUUACUAGAAACUCAGACUCGAUCUUCCAAGCCACCAAAUGACUUGCAACCAGUUAAUUUGGCCCAAAUACCAAGACACGUGAUGGCAUCUUCACCACAAACAGAGACUGAGGUUGAAACAAAAGAAUUAACAGGGAUUAUGGUUGAAACCCCACAGCUAGUGACGGUAGAAAAGAAGAAUACGGUUCUAGUUCUGCAAAUGGAGAGAGAGCUUAACUUCUCAUGGGGUGUGAUUGGGCUCUCUGCUGCAAUGCUCGGUGUCUACUUGGGUCUUCUUGGAAAUAAUAGGCAAAUUUCCGACCACAUGGUUCUCUACGAAGCUUCUCUAUGGUUACUUUAUAGCUCACUUUUCUCGGGUUUAAUUAUGCUUAUGAUUACCAUUAUCCGCCCAUGUACACAACUUUCGUGUAGUUUUAUCUAUGGUUUGAUGUCUCUUGCAUUACUAUCAGGAACUUAUGCUAUAAGCCUGGGAAUUUACAUUCUGCUUCCGAAGAGCACAUUCAGGCUAGUUAUUGUUUCUGUUCUGCCGGCCGCACUGUUCUUGGUGGCCAUGAUUCUCUAUUUCAAGGAUUCAAUCAUUACUACUGCACAGAAAUUUGGAUUCAAGCCACAUCAGAAUUAGAGAAGUAUUCCAGUCAUAGUUAGGCUAGUGAGUGGCUGUUAGUUUUUUUCUUCCAUGUAAUAUCUUUGAAUGUAUUACAUCUGAUUUGGGGUUGUCAAAUAUUGUGCACUUUCUUUUGUUC